AUGAUUUCAGAAAUUAUAGUCGAUGGAAUAGUCAAAUAAAUAAUACAUCAAGCUAGAAAAUUGAUACGUGAACAUUAAAUUGAUGCAAAGAUCCCUUCUUUUUUGAAGUUUGAAUCUAUGCAAUAGAUCAAGUAAUAGUGAAAUAAAUGACAAGAUCAGCUAUAAAUCUAUACUAGAUUGAUUGUUAGAAUACCUAAAUCUUAGUGGAUGAUUAGGAAUAUAAUAUCAGACCUACCAUUGAUUCAUUUUAGGCCUUGACAUUAAAAUUAAUAGAUAAACCCUAUAUAGAUUUAGGAGAGCUAAAUUAAAAUAAUACUUUGUCUGAUCUUACAACAACUAAUAAAUCUAUUAUUAGAAGACAUUCACAUAAAAAAAAAAUUGAUGUUUAAGUCAUCAAUUUGAAAGAAUAAAAGCACACUGAAUAAACAUAAUAAGAUCACUAAGAAAUCUAUAAAAAACAGAUGAAUACUAAUAACAACAAUAGGCAUUCAUUACAUAUGAAAUAAUAAAUUAGAGAUUUAACAAGUAUAUAUAUGUCAAAUUAAAAAUAGAACAUAUGGUUAUAGAUAAUUUUGAUGCAAAUGAAUUUAGAAAGAAAAUAUAAUAAUAAGCUGAAAAUUUAGAAAAAGAAAUGAAAUAAUGUGAUAGAUCAUUUCAGAUAAAAAAAGUAUCUGAAAAAUCAAUCGAUAAUAGCAAUUAUAUGAAUUAAACUGUUAAACCAACAACAGCACCUUAAGGUUAGAGAAGACCUUAAUAUAUUAUAAAUAAAAAAAUGAUAGACUUAAACAUCACUUUGCCAUAAUUCAAAAGAUAAUUGACUCCAGUGGAGCACAAAAGGCCUUCUAAAGUUAGAAAUGUAUCUAUAGCCUGA